AUGAAUGCCUGGUCAAAUUGGUGUUCAGCUAGAGGAAUAAGUCAGCCAAUUGAACUUUUUCCUUAUGAACAAUUGGAUAAGCUUCUCAGCAAAUUUUAUGGCGAAGUUAAAAAGGUGAAUGGAGCGGACUACGAACCAGAAAGCCUUCGCGUGAUGCAAGCUGCAAUUGAUCGCUACUUACGUGACAAAGAUUACGGCGAAAGUAUUAUUUCGUCAAGGCAAUUUCAUCAGUCUAUGAAGACACUCAACGCUAAAGCAGCACGUCUCCGACAGCAAGGCAUGGGUAAACGUCCUAACAAAGCAGAAGCACUCAACCAAAGCGAAGAGGAAUUGCUGUGGCAAAACGGUUCACUCGGAAAUCAUUCGCCAGUCGCGUUGACAAAUGCCAAUUUCAAGUGUCUUUCGGAGCAAAUGGGUUUGCGAGGACGACAGGACCACUACGACGCAUAUGUGGAAGAUUUCAUCCUUCGUAAGCACGACGAUGGCUCGGAAUCUAUUGUAUUCAAUGAAAAUCCCACCAAAACACGAAGCGGAGGCCUUCGUGUCGCAAAAAGAACCACGAAGCAAGUUAUGUGGAGCACUGAUGGCGGCCCUCGAGACCCAGUAAAGCUUUUCAGGUUAUGGCUGUCCAAACGCCCUCAGCCGAUGCGAAACCAAGGCCCUCUGUAUCUGACUAUAAUCCAACGUCCAAAAAAUGACGAUGUUUGGUAUACCGAGGUACGAAUGGGCCAGAACACAAUUGGGAAAAUAAUGCCAAGAAUGACUUCGUCGCUCGAGAGCUCAACAGCGGAAAAGUUGACAAAUCACAGCACGAGAAAAACAGUUGUUCAAAAGCUGAAAUCUGCUGGACAACCACGCUAUAAGAUCAAGGAAAUUACCGGUCAUGCAUCAGAAGCAUCUCUAAAUGAUUACGAUGCAAUCAGCGAGGAAGAACGCAGAGAACUGUCUCAUAUCAUCAGUGGUUACAGUGCGUCAGCUUCGCGAACAACAACCUCAGUUCCCUCGAUCAUAUCGUCUUCCACAGCUCCUAGACCAACCGAACACGAUACAUCAAUUGUUCCCGUUCAAGUCAGACAGUAA